UCGUGGCUGCAUUGUUGGUCAUGGCAGCCGCAGCACAACUGGCGAGCGCCUACUACCAGCAGCAGCAGCCCUUCACGGCGUCGGACUGGCAAGACGGCAGCGCCACCUUCUACGGCGACGACUCCGGCCUGGGAGCAGACUUCGGCGGCGCCUGCGGCUUCGGCGCCAACGACAUCCUGUCCCUCUACUCCACCUACACGGCGGCGCUGAGCACGCCGCUCUUCGCGCAGGGCAACGGGUGCGGCCAGUGCUACGAGAUCCGCUGCGUCGGCUCCCGCUGGUGCAACCCCGGCUCGCCGUCGGUCGUCGUCACCGGCACCAACCUCUGCCCGCCCAACUGGUACCUCCCCAGCGACAACGGCGGCUGGUGCAACCCGCCGCGGCAGCACUUGGACAUGGCGCCGCCCUCCUUCUACCGCCUCGCCCAGCGGGUCGCCGGCAUCAUCCCCGUCCAGUUCCGCCGCGUCCCGUGCCAGCGGCCCGGCGGCCUCAGGCUCUGCCUGCAGGGCAACUACUACUGGCUGCUCGUCUACGUCAUGAACGUCGCCGGCGGCGGCGACGUCAGCGACCUGGCCGUCAAGCGCGCCGGGGACCCCGACUGCAACUACGUGCACGCCACCCACAACUGGGGCAUCACGUACCAGGUCUUCGCCGCGCUGGGCAACGCGCAGGGGCUCGUCGUCAAGAUGACCAGCUACAGCUCGCCGCAGCAGACCAUCGUCGUCGACGACGCCAUCCCCGCCGGAUGGAGCACAGGGAUCUGCUACCAGGGAUCCAACAACUUCUAUUGAGUAUUGACUAGCUGCUACUUGACCAUCAUCAGAUUCAUUCGGAGCUGCUGCCGCUGCUAGCUUUUGGAUCGGACGGAUAUGCUUGCAUGCAUGCAUCUUCAUUCGUUGAUUUUCUUCCUUCUCCUCAACUUGUUAAUCCAAUUUGUAUGUAUGUAUGUAUGUAUGUAUGUAUGUAUGUAUGUAUGUAUGUAUGUAUGUAUGUAUGUAU